UUCCUACUCCGAGGCCAAAGCAAAGCGAAAGCGCAGAGCAAGAUGGCGACGCUCUCGGUCCUGCAGGCCUCGCAAGGCGCCUCCACCGCGGGCGGGUUCAGCUUCCACAAUUGCGCCCGGAAUGCACAGUUAGGAGCAGAGGGGUCCAAGAAGGGUCUUCGACUUCCCACAGCCCGUAAGACGGGGACCACCAUUGCUGGAGUGGUGUUUAAGGAUGGGAUUGUACUUGGAGCUGAUACAAGAGCCACUGAAGGCAUGGUGGUUGCUGACAAGAACUGUUCAAAAAUACACUAUAUCUCUCCAAACAUCUAUUGUUGUGGCGCUGGGACAGCUGCAGACACUGAAAUGACAACUCAGAUGAUUUCUUCCAACAUGGAACUCCACUCGCUCUCCACUGGGCGGCUCCCAAGGGUGGUCACAGCCAACCGAAUGCUGAAGCAGAUGCUAUUCAGGUAUCAAGGUUACAUUGGUGCUGCCUUGGUGCUGGGUGGAGUAGAUGUCACCGGGGCCCACCUUUACAGCAUCUAUCCACAUGGAUCUACUGACAAAUUGCCUUAUGUUACAAUGGGUUCUGGCUCCUUGGCAGCCAUGGCUGUUUUUGAAGACAAGUUCAAACCUGACAUGGAGGAAGAAGCAGCCAAACAGCUUGUGAGAGAUGCUAUUGCAGCUGGUAUAUACAACGAUCUGGGCUCUGGCAGUAACAUUGAUCUCUGUGUCCUCAGGAAGGACAAGCUGGACUUCCUCCGUCCUUAUGAAACGCCCAACAAAAAGGGAGAAAGGCAGGGGAGAUACAAGUGUGAGAAAGGAACCACUGGUGUUCUCACUGAAAAAGUUACACUCUUGGAACUUGAAGUGACAGAUGAGACAGUACAAACAAUGGACACAUCCUGAUUUAUCAAAUACACUUCAUGGCAGUGGAAAGGGGACUAAGCGUACUGCUUUUCUUUUGAAAUACUUGUCUGUAUACUGGGAUUAUACGUUCUCUGUGCAGAAUGAAUAAAAAUAAA